AUGACCCUUAUACCUCGAAAAUCUGACUUAUAUAUGGCACUGACCCGUUUUGAGAAACUGGGAGACGACCCUGACCGUCUCCUAAAUGCUUUAUCCUACCUAUUCUCCAUGCUCUUACAGAACAGGAGCCUCCCAUCACCUUCGGACAUGGGCAA